GAAAAGUUAUUUGAGGUGGCACAUGUUUCUUCAGAAAUUCAAGAUGUGUCUCAUAAAGAUGGACCAAGUGGCUCAGGAAACUCCAGUAGAUCUCUAUUGUGUGGUCAAACAUUUUCUGGGGAUUUGGACAUGAGUUUUCUGAUUGAAGAAAAUGCUUUUCAGACUUUGUCUGAAGAAUCCUUGAUAAAAACACCAUGUUACACAUAUUGUGUCUCUGAACCAGAAGAAGAUAAUGAUUUUCGUUCUCUGACAUUUCCAAGAAAACUCUGGAAAAUAGAUUGGAGUGACCAACUUAAAUCCAUCUGGUGGGGUGUUAAUGGGUCUUCCGUAGUGAAUGAUGAAGAUGUCUUGAAGAAGGAAGAUUUGGAAAGAAAGGCCCCUUUCAGAAUAUUUGAAACUGGAAGUAUGAAAAGUUUACUUAGACAGCUUAACUUUUAUGGGUUUAGGAAAGUGAGACAGAAUUUUCAAAUGUGUGCUUGUCUAGCUGACUUUCCAGCAGAAGAAAAAGAAGGGUCUGUAUUAAGA